CUCUUUGUCCCUAUCUCUCCUUGGCUAGAAAGCCCACAUCCAUACACCGCCAUAUUUUUAUUUUUCCUAGGCCUUAAUUUCCUUUUCACAUCUCCUUUCAGGCUCAAAGGAUGGACGUUGACCCACCUUUCCAACAGACCUACAAGACCCUCUUGGAAAAAACCACAGAAGGGGCAACCGAUCAUAAAGAUGUUGUGGAUAUCAUUGAGGAAUGCGAGCUUCCAUUGAUCGAUCUUGGCCGUCUGAAUCUUAAGAACUUGGAGAAAGAAAAGUGCAAGUCGGAGAUUGCUAGGGCAUCACAGGAGUGGGGGUUCUUUCAAGUUGUAAAUCAUGGGAUUUCGCGUGAGAUUUUGGACAAAAUGAGAAGUGAACAAGUUAAGGUUUUUAAACAACCUUUUAAUGAAAAGAGCAAAGAAGAAAAGUUUCUGAAUUUCUCUAGGGGGACUUAUCGAUGGGGGACACCUACAGCUACUUGCCUUAAGCAGUUGUCAUGGUCCGAAGCUUUUCAUAUUCCUAUGAGUGAGAUACAGGUUUCCAAUGGUUUCAGUACUGCUCUCAGCUCGACAAUGGAACAAUUUGCUACAACAGUUGCCAAUCUAGCACAUAAAUUAGCUGAGAUUUUGGCUGAGAAAUUCGGCUGCAAAUCUGAUUUCAUUAAACAAAAUUGUCUGUCAAGCACUUGUUAUCUACGAAUGAACCGAUAUCCACCAUGUCCAAUCCCUUCAGAGGUAUUCGGACUCAUGCCACACACUGAUAGCGACUUUCUCACCAUUUUGCACCAAGAUGAAGUUGGAGGAUUGCAGUUAGUGAAAGAUGGGAAAUGGUUUGCUGUCAAGCCAAACCCAGAGGCACUGAUAAUCAAUAUCGGAGACUUGUUUCAGGCUUGGAGCAACGAUGUUUAUAAGAGUGUCGAACACCGUGUAGUCACAAAUCCACGAGUUGAAAGAUUCUCAACAGCAUAUUUCUUCUGUCCUUCCUAUGAUACGGUGAUACAAAGUUGCUAUGAGCCUUCAGUUUAUAGGAAAUUUAGCUUCAAAGAAUAUAGACAACAAGUGCAAGAGGAUGUUCAAAAAUUAGGUCACAAGAUAGGGCUCCCUAGGUUUCUUGUAUAACAAUACUAAAUAAAUUUUGUGAUUAAACAAGUAGGUUUUCUUUUCUUUUUUCCAAGAAAGAAAAUGCAUAUCUUUAAUUAUUGGUUGUUUUGGAAAAUGAAAAUAAUUGUUAGCAAUUUUUAAUUAA